UGCCUCCUCCGGCCACCAACGCCGCAACCGCCACUCGCCGGCCGCCCGCCGCAGCCCAGGCGUCCCGGCCCCGCUCGCCCGGCCUCCCGCCCCGGGCCCCGCGCUGCAGCCACCAUGGGGCUCCUACCCGAGCCCGGCGCGCGCCAGGGCAGCGGCGCCUCUGCGGGCCGAGCCGGCCGCUGUCCCCGCUCUAUCUUCAGCAACGUUAAGGUGUUCGUGCUGUGCCAUGGCCUGCUGCAGCUCUGCCAGCUCCUGUAUAGCGCCUACUUCAAGAGCAGCCUCACCACCAUUGAGAAGCGCUUUGGCCUCUCCAGUUCUUCCUCAGGUCUCAUUUCCAGCUUGAAUGAGAUCAGCAACGCCAUCCUCAUCAUCUUUGUCAGCUACUUUGGCAGCCGGGUGCACCGUCCGCGUCUGAUCGGCAUGGGGGGUCUCCUCCUGGCUUCGGGGGCCUUUGUCCUCACCCUCCCACACUUCCUCUCAGAACCUUACCAAUACACCGUGACCAGCAUGGGGAACAGCAGCCGUCUCCAGACUGAGCUCUGUCAGAAACACUGGCAGGGCCUGCCCCCCAGCAGGUGCCACAGCAGCACCCAGGACUCCCGGAAGGAGACCAGCAGCAUGUGGGGUCUGAUGGUUGUGGCCCAGCUGCUGGCAGGCAUCGGCACGGUGCCCAUCCAGCCGUUCGGGAUCUCCUAUGUGGACGACUUCUCGGAGCCCAACAACUCGCCCCUGUACAUCUCCAUCUUAUUUGCCAUCUCUGUAUUCGGACCGGCUUUCGGGUACCUGCUGGGCUCGGUCAUGCUGCAGAUCUUUGUGGACUAUGGCAGAGUGGACACAGCUGCAGUUAACUUGAGCCCCGGAGACCCCCGAUGGAUAGGAGCCUGGUGGCUGGGCCUGCUCAUUUCCUCAGCCUGCCUGGUUGUUACCUCUUUCCCCUUUUUUUUCUUUCCUCGAGCAAUGCCCAGAGGAAUGGAGAGGACUCCCACCAUAGCAGAUGAGGCAAGGAAGAUGGAAGAGGCCAAGUCAAGAAGCUCCCUGGUGGAUUUCAUUAAACGGUUCCCCCGCAUCUUCCUGAGCCUCCUGAUGAGCCCGCUCUUCAUGCUGGUGGUCCUGGCCCAGUGCACCUUCUCCUCCGUCAUUGCCGGCCUCUCCACCUUCCUCAACAAGUUCCUGGAGAAGCAGUACGGCGCCUCCGCGGCCUAUGCCAACUUCCUCAUCGGUGCUGUGAACCUCCCUGCUGCGGCCUUGGGGAUGCUGUUUGGAGGAAUCCUCAUGAAGCGUUUUGUUUUCUCUCUGCAAACCAUUCCCCGCGUGGCUGCCACCAUCAUCACCAUCUCCAUGAUCCUCUGUGCCCCUCUGUUCUUCAUGGGCUGCUCCACACCAGUCGUGGCAGAGGUCAACCCCCGCAGCACAUCAAGUUCUAUACAUCCACAGCCUCCCGCCUGCCGCAGGGACUGCUCGUGCCCAGAUUCCAUCUUCCACCCGGUCUGUGGAGACGAUGGGGUUGAGUACCUCUCCCCUUGCCAUGCUGGCUGCAGUGAAAUCAACGUCAGCUCUAUAGUCUCCAAGCAACCGACCUACUCGAACUGCAGCUGCGUGAGAGGAGGAUCCGCUUCAGCAAAGACGGGCCCGUGCCCCAUCCCCUGCGCCCACUUCCUGCUCCCGGCCAUCUUCCUCAUCUCCUUUGUGGCGCUCAUAGCCUGCAUCUCCCACAACCCUCUCUACAUGAUGGUGCUGCGCGUGGUGAACCAGGAGGAAAAGUCAUUUGCCAUCGGAGUACAGUUCUUGCUGAUGCGUCUGCUGGCUCCACGUGACCUGAGCUCUCUGAACUCUCUUCCCACUGAUGCCAGCCUGGCUGCCGUCUCCAGCCCUCUACGGCCUCACCAUCGACUACUCCUGCAUCCGCUGGGGCGCGCAGUGCUCUGGAAGGCGAGGGGCCUGCAUCUACUACGACAACGACGCUCUCCGAGACAGGUACCUGGGCCUGCAGGUGGGCUACAAGGCUCUGGGCACGCUGCUGCUCCUCUACAUCAGCUGGCGGGUGAAGAAAAACAAGGAGUACAACGUGCAGGAGAAGGCCGCCAGCCUCAUCUGACAGGCGACCUCGGCCGCCGCUCUGCUCUCGAGAACGGACCCUGCCCCGCACCUGCCCACAUUUACUAACGUUAACACGGCAUCUCCUUUUCAUUUCUUAAAUAAGAGAGAAAACCCCACCACCAUUUGCCUUCCCUGUCCCCGCCUCCCAGAGCACCCCAGGGUCCCUUGGGGCUGCUGUGCACCUGGGCCGGGGGGGGGGCACAGAGCUGGUGGGCUGGGUCUUCCCUGGCCCCUUGGGAGGGGCCCCCAGAGGCCCAGGCUCAUCCUGCGCAGUAGGGAUGCUCACUGAGGCAGCUCUGCACCCCCAGCCCCGUAGUGGGUGGUUUCCCAGGCGGAGAGACCUCUGGGUAUCUGCCCAGAGGAAGAAGGGAGGGCUGAGCUCUUACUGGCCAGAACCAGGCUAGGGGAGGGGGAGGCUGGCUGCAGCCCCCUCUGCCUCCGGGUUCGGUACCAGCACAGAACCCAGAGGGGCUGGCUCCCUUCCCCUCAGAUCCUCACUUCCUGCCCCGAGAGGCCACUUUGGAAGCUUCCCCGUUGGGAAGUACAGCCAGCUGUUCCCCUCUCAGUUACCCACGCUCAGGCGCCAGAGCUGGGGCUGACACCCAAGGAUGGGCCAUCCAAAUGCCGUUCACGUUAACUCUAGGCCCUUCCGUACACGGGUCUGUGCAUGUUUAUCUCUGUCUUUCUGGGGGUAUAUCUCGAACUAAGAAUGCCACGCUGUGGUGAAGACCUGCGGCCGGCUGUGGAUAGCCGUGAUGCCCAGGCCCCACUCCACGGUGUGAGGACAGGACUCGUCAUCUCAGAGUGGUGGGAAGAACCCCUCCCCCACAAGCCUCCCCAGGCUCAGAUGAGGUGUCUUCACAGGGGCUCCCUCGUCUGGACUUUAGCCUGUGUGUCGCGGAGUAAAGGGAGGCCAUCAGGGAUGUCCGCAAAACAGGUGAUGAAGCCCAGGGAAUGUCAAAAGCUGCCAGGCUGCACGGCCGUCUGCAGCCCACAAAGUAGAGGCCCGAGAGGUUGACUCUCCUGGUCCUGAACACACUCAUCAGCAUUUUCUCAGCCUCUUCUCACCGCCUCCAGAGGGGUGAGCGCCUUCUCCGGGCUUGGGCUGAGAGGCGCUGCUGCUGUGGGUGCAGGUUCAGAGUCAGAAACCAGCAAGGGAGGCCUUUCAUCCACAAGUAUUUUAUUUAUUGGAGACCGACCUUGUGCAAGGCGGCGCUGGCGCGUGGUUCUCCCGGAGCUUCCCCGCCCUCCAUCUACACUAAGGCCUCCUCCCAGAGUGGGCUCACUGGGCAGGGCUGGGGCUGCACAAGCAAGAACCCGGAGAUUGUCAACAAGACCUUGACCGUCCACGCCCCAUUGGACUGAGCCCGCUCCUGGCCUUUACCAAACAGGGAGCUGACUCGCCAUGUCCUCUGGAGCAGCUGGACGUUGGUCGUGGCCACAUGCAGAUCUCUUGAGUGCCACUGCUCUUGGAAGACCCGUCCAGAAGCCACCUCCAGAAAGGCCUCAUAUGGUGGAAUGUCAACGGCCACACUGCCAUGGGACCGAAGUCUUUGUGAAAGCCACUGUCGCAGACAGCCUGAUUCCAAAGCCACCAGCUCUAUUUCCACAGAUCUCACUCUGGAAGGGAGGCUCCAUGCAACCUCAGGCCCUUAAAUGACCUGCUUGGAAAAUGAUUUCCUGCAACUAACCCUGGUCCUUCUCGCUGCCAUUUAACCAAAUUCUGAAGGCACUACCUUCAGCUGAGCUCAUGAAGAAUGAAUGCCAACCUUCAGAUUCUGGAAGAUGGUUGCCCUCCCAAGCCUUUUUUCUAUUAUGAUAUUGCUAUUAAUAUAUUAUAAUUCUGCUGUUGA